AGCACUUAGGCCACUUAGUAUUUUUUCGGACAAAUGGGAGUAAACUAGAGUCUUCCUCUUAUUUCGUCCUCCUCGUCUUCACUAGCCCUUCAUGGCUCUCCUCCUUCGGUCUUCGUGCCCGCCGAUCUGUUCUGCAGUCCCUGCAGUGCUCUUUAACCGCAGGCGUCUUGCUUACGCCGCUCCACAGUCGUCGCUCUCCGCCGGCGAUAUGGCGAGGAGCAGCGGCGCUGAGUUCUUCCAAGACGACACCAGACCCAUCAUGCUCUUCGAUGGCGUGUGCAACCUUUGCAACGGGGGCGUCCGGUUCGUGAGAGAGAACGACCGCAAUAGAAGAAUAAGAUUCCAACCGCUUCAGAGCGAAGGUGGAAGAAGGCUUCUACAAAGAUCAGGGAGAUCUCCUGAUGAUAUUUCGAGUGUGGUUUUAGUGGAGCAGUACAGGUCCUCAACCCACCUUAUUGGCUCAACACCCGUCAAACCGGCGACCCUUGUACCUAAAUAUUUGGAUACCCCCUCUUUAAGUCAACAGUCGCCAGCGGCGGGAUUCGAACCUCAGACCAAAGGGCAUUUACACUGUGGAAAGCGGAUGUUCUACCAACUGAUCUGGGAACACGACGCCAUUUUACUUGCAUAUUCUUUUGUUUCUUACAUUUUACUUGCAGAUCAUACAUCAAGUCUGAAGCAGUGAUAAAGAUAAUGGAGUAUCUUGAUCUCCCUUUUCCUCAACUUGCUUCAUUGCUCAAGAUG